GGCCAAAAAAAAAAAAAAAAAAUCGAUUUUUCUAAAUUUCCCAAAAGAAUUUGGAAAAAAACUAGGCUAUACGAAUUUUCCGGUCUUCUUCUCCGAUCUCUGAUCCGAAAAUUUCUACAACAUGUUGUUGUAGUUUGAGCUUCAAGAUGACUUGAUUGAUUUUGGAAUCCGUAAUUAAAGAAGAGAGAGUGUGAAAAAUGGGGAAGGAAGUUAGGAUGAGCGAUUACGGUGACGACGACGGAGAAGACGAUGAACACGAUAAGGUUCCGGAAUGGGAGAUUGGAUUACCGGAAGGAGAUGAUUUGACUCCGUUGUCUCAAUCUCUAGUCCCGUCGAUUCUGGCGUUAGCUUUUAGUAUAAUCCCAGAACGGAGCCGUACGAUUCACGACGUCGACCGUGCGUCGCGAGUCACGAUCUCUUCGUUGCGGAGCAGCAGCAGUGGGAAUGGUUACUCGGCAGCGACGGAGGAGGUCGUAGUAGUAGUAGAUCGAGUUGGAUCGAGUAGUCAUGGAUCUGAUCCGAAGAAACAGAGGAGAUCAGACGGAGGAGGCGGUGAGGCUGCUGCGGUUGAUUCCAUGGCGGAGGAGGAAGGUGAUUCAGGGACUGAGAAGACAUUGAAACGACCGCGUUUAGUUUGGACUCCUCAGCUUCACAAGAGAUUCGUUGACGUUGUUGAUCACUUGGGGAUUAAAUCCGCGGUUCCGAAGACGAUUAUGCAGCUGAUGAACGUUGAAGGGCUUAGCCGUGAAAACGUCGCGUCUCAUUUGCAAAAGUAUAGGCUUUACUUAAAACGGAUUCAAGGUUUGACGACGGAGGAUGGUCCGUAUUCGUCUGAUCAGCUCUUCUCUUCGACGCCGGUGCCUCCACAGAGCUUUCAAGACGGCGGAGGAAGUAACGGAGCUACCGGGAAAUUAGGAGUUCCUUCGAUGAUCCCGAUGCCAGUUUAUGGGAAUCACGUUGGUAUGAUGCAAGGACAAUAUCAUCAGUAUCGUGACCAUGGAAAUGAAUCAAACCAGUAUAUGAUGCAGCAGCAGAAUAGGUUUGGAACCAUGGUUACCUCUCCUUCUGUUGGUGGUGGUGGUGACGUGAAUGACAAGUAAUUAGGUUCUUGGCUUCUGGUUUCUUUUCUGCUUCGCUACGUCCUCGUGAAUUUUAGUUUCUCACACAUGUCCUCAUUGCAUUUGUAUAGUAAAUGAUUCGAGAAAAAUAGCGUUGAAGCCUGGGGUUAUUGGAGAAUGAAGCCUUCUAUGAGUGAAUUAGUUUCACUGUUUCCAUUCUUAUGAGGUAGAUAAAGCAUUCUUUGCUUAUCAUCACUUGUAGUCUUGUUAAAUCCAAGAUAUCCCAUCAUGUUUGUUCGUUUUGUUAAUUGUUAUCUGUCUUUGGAUAAUGAAGAUAGCAUCAGACAAGACCCUCAUGUUUCCUCACUAUGACAAGUACCUCUUUGAUUUAUCGUUUCUUAUAUUAAAAUAGUUUUUCUCCUUCUUAAAGAAAAAUAUCUUUUGAUUGCGUUGGAGGGUCAGGGUCAGUGGCCACACGCCAAUAAACUCCAAGUCCUAUAACCAUAAGGAAGAAAGUGAC